AGGGCCGAUCGGAGCCGAACUCUUCCGAGCACCACCGAGCUCCGCCGAGCGGCCGGGAGACGGUUGGAGCAGCUCGUCCCCGCCGCAGAAGCAGUCCGUGGCUCCGGCGUCGCCGCCGCCGCCGCCGUCCCCGCCGCCGCCACCGCCGCGGGGCCUGCGCCGGCGGGCCGGCCGCCCGGGAGGGAGGGAGGCCUGCAGCGCGGGGAGAGCGGCCGGGCCGUGGGUGCCGCCGUCGCCAGGACUGAAUUGCAACUGCCGAGGCAAUAAGUUACUCUUUAAAUAUGCCACAGGACUGCAGCAAGUGAAGGGGGCCCUGGAGAGGAUGAUGAAUUGAGAAGAAUGUUUUUCCCAAGGAUAAAAAGCUUACAAGGAGAAGUGGCUUUCUGCAAAUGACUGAUAAAGCCAGCCCUAGAAGCCCUUCUCAGGCCCUCAUGAAGUAGCUGAAAUUUGUCCUGCAAGGCCCUCUUGCCUGCUGACCACCCAGAGUGAUUGUCAUCAUGGCCAGCAAGAGGAAGUCCACCACCCCAUGCAUGAUCCCGGUUAAGACUGUGGUGCUGCAGGGUGCCAGCACAGAGGCUCAGCCUGUGUCAACUUUGCCUGAAGGUCCCCAGCAGGAUCUUCCUUCAGAAGCACCUGAUGCCAGCAGCGAGACAACCCCAAACUCCAGCAGCACCGAGGGCUCUGCCCUGGCAAACGGGCACCGGAGUGCUUUGGAUGGCUAUGUGUAUUCCUGUAAAGACUGUGAGUUCAGGUCCCAGGACAUGACUCAGUUUGUAGGGCAUAUGAACUCAGAGCACACAGACUUUAAUAAAGACCCAAAUUUUGUAUGUACAGGGUGCAGUUUCCUGGCAAAAACCCCCGAGGGGCUUUCCCUCCACAAUGCCAAGAGUCACUCAGGGGAAGCCAGCUUUUUGUGGACUGUGACCAAGGCAGACAAUCAUGUAGUGGUAGAACAAAAUGUCCCUGAGAGUACUAGCACAUCUGACCUAGCAGGUGAGUCUGCCACUGAAGGGACUGAUGGACAGGCUGAGAUCAUCAUUACCAAGACACCAAUCAUGAAGAUAAUGAAAGGCAAAGGCGAAGCCAAGAAAAUCCAUAUGCUUAAAGAAAAUGCUCCCAAUCAGCCUGUAGGUGAGGCUUUGCCAAAGCCAUUGGCCGGGGAGGCAGAGGUUAAAGAGGGGGACCACACUUUCGCCAAUGGGGCAGCUCCAGUCAGUCAGGCAUCUGCCAGCACCUCAAAGCCCCCUCAUGCUGCCAAUGGGCCCCUGAUAGGAACAGUGCCAGUACUACCAGCUGGUAUAGCACAGUUCCUCUCCCUCCAGCAGCAGCCCCCAGUGCAUGCCCAGCACCAUACCCACCAGCCUCUGCCCACAUCCAAGGCCCUUCCAAAAGUCAUGAUCCCCCUGAGCAGCAUCCCAACAUACAAUGCAGCUAUGGACUCCAACAGCUUUCUGAAGAACUCCUUCCACAAAUUCCCUUACCCAACCAAAGCUGAACUCUGCUAUUUGACUGUGGUGACCAAGUAUCCAGAAGAACAGCUUAAGAUCUGGUUCACAGCCCAGAGGCUGAAGCAGGGAAUCAGCUGGUCUCCUGAGGAGAUUGAAGAUGCCCGGAAAAAGAUGUUUAAUACAGUCAUCCAAUCUGUGCCUCAGCCUACCAUCACUGUUCUAAACACCCCCCUUGUUGCCAGUACCGGCAAUGUGCAGCAUCUCAUCCAGGCUGCUCUCCCAGGCCAUGUUGUGGGACAGCCAGAGGGCACAGCAGGGGGCCUCCUGGUCACUCAGCCAUUGAUGGCCAACGGGUUACAAGCAUCAAGCUCAUCUCUCCCCCUGACAACUGCAUCUGUUCCCAAGCCAACUGUGGCGCCCAUUAACACUGUGUGUUCAAAUACAACAUCAGCUGUGAAGGUAGUCAAUGCAGCCCAGUCACUCCUCACAGCAUGCCCCAGCAUAACUUCCCAAGCCUUCCUUGAUGCAAGCAUCUACAAAAACAAGAAGUCUCAUGAACAGCUGUCAGCCCUGAAAGGAAGCUUCUGUCGGAACCAGUUCCCUGGGCAGAGUGAAGUAGAGCACCUGACCAAAGUGACAGGCCUCAGUACCAGAGAGGUGCGGAAGUGGUUCAGUGACCGGCGAUACCACUGCAGGAACCUGAAGGGCUCCAGGGCCAUGAUGCCUGGAGAGCAUAGCUCUGUUCUCAUUGACUCUGUGCCAGAGGUGCCCUUUCCUCUGUCAUCCAAAGUUCCGGAGGUGACCUGUAUCCCAGCAGCAACCUCACUAGCAAGCCACCCUGCCACAAAACGACAAUCUUGGCACCAGACCCCAGACUUCACACCAACCAAAUACAAAGAGAGAGCCCCAGAGCAGCUUCGAGUCCUUGAGAGCAGCUUUGCCCAAAACCCACUUCCCCCUGAGGAGGAGCUGGAUCGCCUGAGAAGUGAAACCAAAAUGACCCGAAGGGAAAUUGAUGGCUGGUUCUCAGAGAGACGGAAAAAGGUGAAUGCUGAGGAGCCCAGGAAGGCUGAUGGGCAGGUACCUCAGGAGGAGGAGGGUGCUGAGGAUGAGGGUGGAGAUGAAGAGUUGGCCAGUGAGCUGAGGGUUCCUGGUGAGAACGGCUCUCCUGAAAUGUUUCUUAGCCAUACCUUGGCAGAGCGGAAGGUCAGCCCCAUAAAAAUCAACCUCAAGAACCUGCGGGUCACUGAAGCCAGCGGCAAGAGUGAGCUUCCAGGGCUGGGUGUCUGCGAGCCCGAGGAAGAGGGUUUGAACAAGCUGGUUGAACAGCCACCGGGUAAAGUGAGCUCCAAGAAGACGGCGCAGCAGCGUCACUUGCUAAGGCAGCUCUUUGUCCAGACACAGUGGCCGAGCAACCAGGACUACGACUCCAUCAUGGCCCAAACAGGGCUGCCCCGGCCAGAGGUGGUACGCUGGUUCGGAGACAGCAGGUAUGCCCUGAAGAAUGGCCAGCUCAAGUGGUACGAAGACUACAAGAGAGGCAACUUCCCACCAGGUCUGCUUGUCAUUGCCCCUGGCAACCGAGAGCUGCUGCAAGAUUAUUACAUGACACACAAGAUGCUGUGUGAGGAAGAUUUGCAGACCCUCUGUGACAAGACCCAAAUGAGUGCCCAGCAGGUCAAGCAAUGGUUUGCUGAGAAAAUGGGUGAAGAGACCCGGGCUGUGGCAGAUACAAGCAGUGAGGACAAGGGCCCUGGAACUGGAGAGUCUGUGGUAGUACACAGAGUGCUGGGUGAUGCCUAUUCAGAGAUGUCUGAGAACAGUGAAUCAUGGGAGCCAAGUGCUCCUGAGGCCAGCUCAGAGCCCUUUGACACUUCAAGUCCCCAGUCUGGACGUCAGCUCGGUAUGGUGGCACAUUCCUGUAAUCUCCCCACUACGGAAGCUGAAGGAGGAGAACUGAAAGUUUGAAGCCGCUCUGGUCUACACAAUGAGGCCUGUCUCAAGAAGAAAUAAAAUAAAAUAAAACAAUAAUAAAAUAAAAGCUUUUGGAUAUUAAAUGGUAGCCUCUAGAGCAGCAUUUCUCAACCUGUGGGUUGUGAA